AAGAAAACAUGUUUUCACGGAUUUUUAAUGCAACAUUAUUGUUCUAUUUAUGGGUCGUCUAAAUAUAGGAAACAAAUAGAAAACAAUCUUGCAAUUAAAAAUAAAGACGUGAUUCUGGCUCAAUACUGUCAACAAUAGUGCUCGAAGUUGCCGUCUGUUGUAGGAGCUUAGGAGGUGCCCAACUACCCAUGCUGUCAAAGCAACUCUACCCAACACCCGUAGUAUAUAUUCAUUGGCCACAGCGGCUCUGAAGAAGACUCCUGUCUGGGUUUGUGCAGAAGACGAGAUUGGAGAGGAUUUACGCAAAACCCAGAGCAACUGCAGCAAUUUUGAAGUUUCCAGGAGGAUCCAAUUGUCAAAUCUCCACAGUCUCACCCCUGCAGAGGAUGACCGACAGAGCCAAUCACAUCAGCGUAACGAUGACUGAGGACCUCGCGUCCACCAAUGGGACACCCCGGACCAAGGUCCUGACCACACGCAGCACCACGACAGAGCAAAACAAGCGUCAGCAGCCCCGCGGCUCCACGGUCAGCUUUCACAAUAUCCAGUAUGAGGUAAAGCUCAAGGCCGGGACCGCCUGCAAGAAGAGCCCUGUCAAGGAGAUCCUGGUGGACCUGAGUGGCAUCAUGAGACCAGGUCUAAAUGCCAUUCUUGGACCCACUGGUAGUGGAAAGUCCUCGUUCCUGGAUGUUCUAGCAGCCAGGAAGGACCCAUCCGGUCUCUCAGGGGAGGUGCUGAUUGAUGGAGCACCACAACCGCCCAACUUCAAGUGCCUCUCUGGCUACGUUGUUCAGGAUGAUGUGGUGAUGGGCACCCUGACAGUGAGGGAGAACCUGCGAUUCUCUGCAGCGCUGCGUCUGCCCGGCACUGUGACCCCGAAGGAGAAGGAGGCAAGAGUCAACCACCUCAUCAUGGAGCUGGGCCUCACGAAGGUGGCUGACGCUAAGGUUGGCACUCCGAUGAUCCGGGGGAUCUCUGGAGGGGAGAGGAAGAGAACCAACAUCGGCAUGGAGCUCAUCAUUGACCCCUCUGUUCUGUUCCUGGAUGAACCCACCACAGGCCUGGACGCUAGCACCGCCAACUCUGUCCUGCUGCUGCUCAAAAAGAUGGCCAAUCACGGACGCACCAUUAUCAUGUCUAUCCACCAACCGCGUUACUCCAUCUACCGGCUGUUUGACAGCCUGACUCUGCUGGUCGGUGGUAAACAGGUGUACCAUGGACCAGCCCAGAAUGCACUGGACUAUUUUUCCAACAUAGGUUAUGUUUGCGAGGCACACAACAAUCCAGCUGACUUCUUCCUUGACGUUAUCAAUGGAGACUCAACCGCCUCGGGAAUGAACAAGAUCCAGCGCGAAGAUAUUGACAUUGAGGAGCCGAGCAGCUCCAGGCAGAGCAUCGAGGAGCACCUUUUGCAGGAGUACAGGAACUGCUCUUACUUUAGGGAGACCCACGCUGAGCUGGAGAGGAUCACCCAAGGGAAGCAGUACACCAGCAGGCCCAGGUCCCGGACCAUCACCUACAACAGCUCCUUCUUCCACCAGCUCAACUGGGUUCUGGGCAGAACCUUCCGGAAUCUUGCCCUGAACCCCCAGACCUCCGUGGCACAGCUGGGGGUCACAGUUUUCCUGGCUCUCAUCGUGGGUGCUAUUUUCUUUCGGGUUAAGGACGACCAGAGUGGAAUCCAGAACAGGAUGGGUGCCCUUUUCUUCAUCACCACCAACCAGUGUUUCAGCACGAUGUCCGCUGCGGAGCUCUUCAUCACGGAGAGGAAGCUGUUUGUCCAUGAGUACAUCAGUGGCUACUACAGAGUCUCUGUCUACUUCCUGUCCAAGAUCCUCUCUGACAUCAUCACCCUGCGCACCAUUCCCGCCAUCAUCUUCAGCUGUGUGGUCUACUUCAUGAUAGCAGGUCUGAAAGCAACUCCAGCAGCCUUCUUCAUCUUCAUGUUCACAGUGACCCUGGUGGCCUACACGGCCACCGCCAUGACCAUGGCCAUCUCCGCCGACCAGAGCGUGGUGGCAUUGGCCAACAUCUUCAUGACCAUCAGCUUUGUCUUCAUGAUGAUCUUCUCAGGUCUCCUGGUGAACCUUCCCAGUAUAAUGGCCUGGCUGGCCUGGCUCAAGUACUUCAGUAUCCCUCGCUAUGGCCUAGCGGCACUGGAGAUCAAUGAGUUUGUGGGGCUGCAGUUCUGUCAGAACGCCACUGUGAAUGUUCCCGGGAGAAUGUGCACAGGGGAACAACAACUGGACUAUCAAGGAAUAGGUUACAGUACAUGGGCCCUAUGGCAGAAUCACGUCGCCAUGGCCAUAAUGACACUUAUUUUUCUGAUCAUCGCCUAUCUGAAGUUGAGGUUUAUCAAGAAGUUCACAUAGGUGUCUUACUUUGCCUUACUGUUCACUGUUCUGGUUACUAAGAUGACAGAAUGCCAGUUAUUUCUCUAGACAUGUUAUACCACAAAGGGGUGCGCCUAUGGUUUGCACUGAAACACAUUAAAGGGAU